AUGUUCGGUGCGGGGACGAAUGAGUCGUCGAGUAAAAGUUACUAUACCCAGAAUGCACCGCCUAGUACCAUUGGUGUGAUUCGGUCACGCACUCUCUUCUUCCUCUCGAUUCGCGACUCAAUUGCACCAAGCACACAUGCAUCAGGAGCGAAUGUGCCUCUGCUGGGUGAUAGCCAGGAUGGAGUAUACUUUGACGCCGAUAAGAAUGCGAUACCCAUGCCAUCUACGCUUCCGCCGUUCUGGGUCGAUGCUACGGAGGAAGUUGAUGCCGUCUUGACCGAGAUGAUACCCCAACUUGCGCAACUAGAUCGCUUGCAUGCACAACAUUUGUUACCGAGUUUUGCCGACAAAACAGAUCAGAAACGAGAAAUUGAAGCAUUAACAGAAGAUAUAACGCACGAGUUUCGUCGUGCAUCACAGCUCGUUGCAAAACUGGCUGCACAGACAACCGAGACGAUGCGAUCAAGACGCCUGUCAAAAGAAGAGAUCACAGCAGCUCGAAAUGCACAAACUGCACUGGCUACACGAGUACAGCAAAUGUCAUCUUUAUUCCGUCAAAAACAGUCUCAUUACUUGCGAAAACUACAAGGCAUGGAGGUUCAGGAACGCAGCGAUCCCUCGCUAUUAGACAGUGUACAAAGUGUGCAGGAGGAUGUGGCUUUGGUACGUGAUGUCUAUUUGCAUUUAUUUGCUGACUAG